UGCCUCCAAAAUUCCUCCCCUUAUUUUAAUUUUCUUCAUUUCUCAUCUCCAUUACUCAACCAAGAAGAAAAAGUCUCGUUGAUUUUCGAUCAGAUCAAACAGUUCAGCUUGAUUUCCACCAAAAAUGGAGUACGAUUUCAGAAAACGAACCGCGCCGGCGCCACAGUAUGAUUCCAACACGCCGCCUUACGGCAGGGCUUCCUCCUCCUCCGCCGCCGCUUCUCACCCGGCCUACGGUCAACAGUCUUCACUAUACCCUAAGAUCGGCAGCGCCGGCCCUCACUCAGCCGCCGCGCAUUUCCGCAAUCCCCCGUCGCACCACGCGCCGCCUCCCCCUUCUAAUCCUGGGAUCGGGAUUAGGGUUUCUAUCAAACCUGAAUAUCGAAUUACUCCACCGCCCCCAUUGCUGCCACAUCUGGGAGAAAUUCCGCGCAGCAAUUUCCACUUUGAUUUCGAUUUUGAGAGGAAUGUGCUGAAGGAAGCAGUUAAGGAGAGCCCUAACUGGGCUAGGCUUGGAAUCGAUAAUGCUCCACCAAAGGCAACUGAGCCAACACCAUCUUAUGGACCGGCUUCUGAUCCCGUGGCAAGCAAAUACAUAGCAGCAGGCCUCAGCAGGGAGGCUGUGCCGCUUGCAGUUGCAAAUUAUGGAGACAAUCCUAGUAAGGUUAAGGAAUUCGCCAAUGGAUUUACCCUUCUGCGGGAAAUGGGAUUCUCAUCGAACAACGUGGCGGAUGCCUUAAUCAUGUACGACAAUGACACAGACACGGCAUUGGCUCAGCUUAUCAAUGCUCCAUCCUGAAUAUCAGUGCGUUGUAAGUGUCUUUUGAUACGAAAUCAGGUGUAGCUUCACGAAUAUGUUUGCCGCUGUAAAAAAAUAAAAUUCUAUGAUUGUAUAGACAUUUGUUAUGCCCCUUUUGAGUGAUAACCAUUUUCUUUCCUCUUUCA